GGAGGUGGCGGUGGUGGUGGUGGUUUUCAUUCAGUUAUUAGCGAGUUAUUUUCAAGAAAUCGGCAGAGGAUUAAAGCAUACGAAUACAAUUAAAAAGUCCAAGUGUUCGUGCUGUCAGGGUGAUGUCAGCAGCCUGUCUCGCGCGCCUGGCAAGGUGCAGUGGUCCUUAUGUGGGUCGCACUGGUCUUUUUCAGACGACUCUAGUCCAACUCCCGUUGCAGCAGGACAGCCACCUCCAGUUCACAGUCUUUCAGAGACAACUUUACACCCCUUCAGAACCGCGACACAGCAACACACGCUUUGAUGCAGACAGCAGUGGCCAGCCAACCACUUGGGAUUCAUUUGGCAUCUGGGACAAUCGUAUUGAUGAGCCCAUCCUGCUGCCUCCCAGCAUUCGCUAUGGCAAGCCCAUUCCUAAAGUCAGCUUAUCAAAGGUGGGCUGUGCCUCGCUCAUUGGUCAACGCAAGGAGAAUGAAGACCGCUUCCAGGUCUCGCAAAUGACUGACAGCAUCCUCUACUUUGCUGUUUUUGAUGGGCAUGGUGGACCAGAAGCAGCUGACUUUUGUGAAAAAUACAUGGAGAAAUUCAUCAAGGACCUUGUGGCGGAGGAGUCCAAUCUGGAAAUAGUUUUAACAAAAGCCUUCCUUGAAGUAGACAAAGCUCUUGCAAAGCACUUACGCUUCUCUCCAAAUGUACCCGGGAUGAACGCAGGAACCACCGCCACUGUGGCCCUGCUGAGGGACAGCAUUGAGUUGGUGGUGGGCAGUGUGGGUGACAGCCGCGCCAUGCUGUGCCGCAAGGGCAAGGUCCUUAAACUGACUGUCGACCACACUCCUGAGAGGAAGGACGAGAAAGAGAGGAUUAAAAGGAGUGGGGGUUUUAUUACCUGGAAUAGUCUGGGACAGCCAAACGUCAACGGCAGGUUGGCGAUGACACGCAGCAUUGGAGACUUUGACCUGAAGAACAUGGGCGUCAUUGCCGAGCCUGAGACCAAGAGAAUAUUGUUGCACCACGCCCACGACACGUUCCUGGCGCUGACCACAGACGGCAUUAACUUCAUUAUGAACAGCCAGGAGAUCUGCAAUGUCAUCAACCAGUGCCACGACCCCAAAGAGGCAUCUCAGAGAAUAUCUGACCAGGCUCUUCACUAUGGCUCAGAGGACAACAGCACAAUUAUCGUGGUGCCCUUUGGUGCUUGGGGGAAGCACAAGAGUUCGGACACAAGUUUCUCCUUCAGCAGAAGUUUUGUGUCCAGUGGUCGCUGGGCGUAGUCGGCGGGAUGUCAGAUCCACCGGUGUGGUCUGCGGACCUAAUUAAUGUGUGCAAUACAAUCGGGUGCCCUUGAGGAAACGUAAAGAGUGAGGUUUGCCCAAACAAUUAUACCUAAGGGUUACAACAUGGUAUUUAGAGUAGCAUGAUACUCUGUGAAGUAAAAGGUGUUGAAUCCAUGAUGUGCACUAAAUUAAAAACAUCCUCUUUAUACAAGGUUUUAUCUACUAGCAAGCCAAUGACCUUAUAGGUGCUAAAAGUUGAGAGGUGUUUGAAUGGCAGACAGGAAUUCAUGAUGAAAAGGUUUGGCUUAGCAAUUAUGUAGCCUGCUCUACAUUAGCCAAGAUAUUGCGACUAGCAUUCCUGACUGUUUACCAUUCAGAUACAUUUUCAUCUAUUAAGCUGUUCAUAAUGUCCAAGUUUGCACUUUCUUUGUUUUCAAGGUUAACUUAACUUGGAUAAGUUGCAUCUUCGAGACAAUAGUGCAUUUUGAUUUUACCAGUUGUUUUAAGUCUACAGUCUCUACUUCUGGACCACUUCUCAAUGUUAAUGUUAGGUUUACAUGCAUAGAAGAGAGUGGGGAAAUAUUCUAAUUGGACUGCAUUACUUUUUUCGGUUAAUUGGAAUUCACCGAACCCUUGUGUGAGAAUAUAAAAUGUACUUAAAUCUACAUACACGUAAAACCUCACAACUUCUGGAGCAACUGGAAUAUAAUUAUCAUUAGCAAAAUAAGUCAGAAAAAGGUCUUUGAUGACAAUGUCGAUUGUGGAGGUCUUAUGGCUUAAAGCAUCUAAAUUAGAUAUAUACAGAAAUAUUUACAGUUCGGCUUUGAGAAUGCUUUUGUCCUGGUAAUUUUAAUACAGCUAUUGCUCUUCUAGACGUACCUCCAUUUCUAAGCACUUCCCCACAAACAAGGUUCUACACGCAUUGUUUUCUUUGUACUAAUAAUACUUGGGCCCACUAAAGCACCUCUGGAAAAACACCAAUGCCAGUUUCCACAAUCGUGGGGCCUCGGGAGAAAACAAACAAAGCCCUGAAUGUUCAGUGAUGUGGUGCGUUAGUGGGCUGUGUGAAUGGAGCUGCUAAAUGCUGUUUGUAUGAAUAGCAUUUCAGUGGCUGAAGCUGACAUAUAUAUAUAUAUAUAUAU